CCAGACCUCGUUGAGCCCGUGAGCCAUGCGUCGCCUGAUUACCCCUCGUGCGUUUCUUCGAGGCCAGGGGCCGCGGUGUUUGCAGACAUUGGCGUCGGCAACCAGCCGCUGUGCGCAGCUGCAGGCGAGCGGCCGGGCCGGCUUGGUGCCGGCCAGAGCCGAGCUGCAGGAGAUCCAUGCGCAGGUCUCGAAGUUGGAGCCGAAGGCCCUGCUGGAAGGAGCCAACCUUAGUGACCUAUGCAUGCUGUGCAGGGUGCUCUCCAGCGCUUUGAUGCCCUUGCAGGCGCAGCUGCUGGAGGAAGUGGGGCAGAAAGCCGUGCAGACAGGCACCCCCGACGCCGCUGCGAACUUCGCCUUGGCUGCCUGUGAGGCUGGUCACAGCGAAUUGGGAGGGCAGGUGGUUGAAGCCAUGCGGUCUGCCGUGGGCUCCGACUCAGCGCUCAGCGGCGGAGGCGCAGCCAGCUUGGCGCUCGCGGCCGCGGCCGCCAAAGUGCUGGAUGCGACGCUGCUGGAGGCGUUGGUGCGCAGGUGUUCAGCCCGAGAAAUGGAACUGAGCGCCACGCAUUUGGGCGAUCUUCGGCUUUGUGCUGUGCUGGCAGGCAGGAGUGUGCUCGACAAGGCUGACAGCCAAGUCUUGAGCUUCCUGUCAACCAUGUGCAAGAACGUGCUGCUGGACGACCCGCGAGGGGAGCCGCCCAGCAACUACUGGGACUUCCUCACUGAUGCGGAGAAUGACCUCUCGCAGGUGCUUGAAACCUGCGAGCUGCCUCACAGCCGGGGAAUGCUCCUUGGAGGUGCCUUCUUCCCACUCUCCAGUCAAGCUCUGAAAGCAGUGAUCUCUCUGGAGACGUCGGGUGCAGCUGCCAUCUACCUUCGGGGAGCCAGCGGCCGCAGUGUCUGGCAGUCCUGGAAGUAUCGCGUGGCGGCUUCCAAUGGCUGGCGUGUGUACGCUGUCAGUGCCACCGAGUGGGAGAAGCUGGAGGACACGGAGCAAAAGGUGCUCUUCAUGCGAGAGCUUCUGCGGCAAGAUCCGCUUGAUACGGAUGCGCUGUGAGUGGCGGCGGGCAACAAGCCUCUGUCCCUUCAGCUCCGCAGUUGGGCACAAGGGCCCAGUGCUGCAAUAGCCAGAGUGAACCGCCU